AUGGCGAAGCCGGUCAUAGCUUUAGGCCCCUUCGUGCCGUUCGGGCAAGAGUUCCUCUCCGAUGAGGCGGGUGGGCACUACCAACUGCUCCCUGUGGAGCGCGAUGGGAUCCUGGCCGAAGAGGAGUUUUACAUCGCCAGCGACGGGCGCUGCAUUUGGAGCAGCGGCCGACAGAUGGUGCGCGGCUUCGAGGCCAGCGAGGCCUCUUCUUCCACCUCCAAGGCAGCGCCUCCGCGGAUCAUCCAUGCCUUUCGUUGUUCUUUCUCCCAGUUGGUGAAGGAGCACCUUCCGGAGCAAGGCGACACCUGGGCGCUGCUGAGUAGUGAGGCCUUGAUGGUGAAGAGCGGCGGAGAAGACUUCACCGCGAGGAUGACCCCCUUGACCGCCAAGCGAGCAUGGCCUUUGGCAGAUGGGGUCAUGAUGCUUGUGUGCGUGGAGGGCAAGGAGCAUGCUUUGAGCUUGGUGGGUCAUCCUUUUAACCUCCCGCGCUGUGUCUCCUUCAUCGAGGCCAGCGACCCGCCCGUGCUGAAGAAGGACCUGCUCUCGGGCGCAGGCGAGUUUCAAAUUCGCUGGGUGAGUCAGGACCUUCCAGUGGCCCUGGCAUAUGCGCCCAAGACCAGGCGCCACAGUAUCUUCCUCCUCCGCCGGCGGCGCAUGGAAGCCGUGGAAGGCCUCGGAACGGGUGGACUGCCCGAGUGCGCUCUGGUAGAGCCAGCGGCUUCGGAGGUCUUUUUGCAGCAACUCCACAUCGUGGCAGAAGAAGGACCUUGUUGUGAGUUGGACGAUGUGAGUCUCCUGGCACCUGAUUGCAACUUCCCCUGCGAACGCAGCGAGAAGGGCGGCUUGCUCAUGGCGCUCUUCAUCAAGAGCACUGGGCGAUGCCUCGUGCUGCGCCUGUGGACCGGAGAGGUCCUGUCGACAGUCACAGCGGUGUCAGCCAUGGCACCGCUCAUGCCAGGACAAGAUCUUCUGCUUCGGACGACGGGGACCUUUGCCUUUGCUCCCUCGCGCUGGCUAGGCUCCCAGCAGUGCCGCCUGGUGCUGCGCGAGCGUGGCGCACCGCCGCUGCCGAGCAAGGAUGCCUUACCACCCGACUGGGCCGAUGAACUCCUUGACCCUUUGGAGUUGACGCGCUGCUCGGCGGUCUUGACCUUUGAUAGGCAUCGUUUGCCACAGUAUCUCUUGCUCCUCAACGAGGGUCGGCUCACCUUGCACUGGGGAGCCGCCGAACUCUUGGAGGUCCAGAUGAAUGAUCAUUUGGGCCACGACUUGCCGGGCCGUCCCACCUGGAUCGGCGAUGCCGUGGCGCACCGCUUCACGCUGCGCACCGAGGACGGCAAGAGCUACCGCUGCAUGGCACCGCUGGAACCCCAAAGCCCACGCCUGGCAGGCCUCAUGUCAGCGGUCUCGGCGCUCUCGAGCAAAGCCUUGGCAGAGGCGUUAGCCAGUGACGUGCAGGUGUGGUGCGUCGCGGAUGGUGCUGGGCGGCGUUCCCCGGAGGAUGAGGAUGACGAGGAGUGGUGGCGCUUCUGUGAGCUUUUCUUUUGCCUCUUGGAACAGGCGCUCUCCGAUGGUGUGCCCAGCAUGUCGCCGCCUUACAAGCGCCUACGCAAGACGCAGUGCGACCAGGACAUGGAUUCUGAUUGGGACUGGCUUUUGGGAAGCGAUGUGCAUGCGCUUCAGCGGCACCGCUUUCCGGGGCUCAGCGACUCGCAGGACUUCAAGCCCCACCCGGAGCUGAGGAGUCCGCGAUCGGAGCUGGAAGCCACGAGCUCGGAGCUUUGGCAGCGAGAGCUGCGCACGGCGCCGCUAGUGAGGGAGCACCUGGAACAGCUCUUCCUUUGUUUCCAUCUGCUGUACGAGGAGUGGAAGUUGCACACCUUGCAGGCGCGGCUUCUGCCCUCCAUGGCCUUGUUCUUGUACGCUUUGGCCAAGCGCUUGAAGCUUCCAAACUUCGAGCGGCACUACGGUAAGGACUAUCCAAUGGUGGAGGACUCGGCUCUGGCCAUGACGCGCUUUGGAGGCUAUGGAGCUUGGCUUUGGCAGAAUGCGGAAGGGGAGGUGCCUCCGGUGCCCUUGCUGCAGAAGCUCCGCGAGGGACCGGUGCCCAACAUCUUAGCCACCUGCAGGCGGCGCGGGCACGAGAUCUAUCCCGAGAUCUUCCCUUUGAGCUCUUUGCUCUUGACUUUGCAUCGGCUCCUGCAGAACCGUCCGCGGCCGGGCGCGCGGCAGGGUUUGGAACCGGUGGCGAUCCAGGGUGCCCCAGCAACGCUUUUGACUCCUCCGGCACCCUUACUGCCCUUCAGUGCAGGUGGCCGGGCGCUGCCGGGCGCGGAGCGCGCACGCUUCGUGCGGCGAUGGCUGUUGGAACGGGCGGGACGCCCCGAGACGCCCGCCUGGGAGGCUGCCCUGGUGCUCCUGGUUCAGCACCAAGUCACGCCCAGUGACGUGGAGCUGUGGACGUUGGCUUUGGCGCUGCCGGUGCAGGAGUGCUUGCGCGCCGCGGCGGAGGAACCGCGGAACGACUGGCUGGUGGAGGCGUACAUGUUGAUCGGCCGCGAGGACUUGGCGUUGAUGGCCCAGCCGGUCAAGGGUGAAGCGACCCUCACUUCCAGGCGCUUCCGGGACUUGCUCGAUGCCACCGAGGAUCUCUCGGCCACCAGCGCGGAUCCCAUGGCCUCGCCCGAAUGGCCCGGAACGCCCGGAGCGGCGAUGGCGUCGCUGCUUCCGCCGUCCUUCGCGCCUGAAUGGCGGGUGCAACAGCUGGAAUGGCGCCUGGCAGAGGUCGAGCGAGUCUUAGCCACUUUAAAGCCACAGAAUGGAAGCAAAGGAGGCCAGGAACCACCAGGAGACUUGAAACCCACGAAAGAUGGAGAGGACAGCCCUCACAGCGAUGACAGCCUGUUGCGUGCAAGUUCGGAAGCCUUUGGCACCGCCAUUUUCUUACCCUCGGGUGAUGAAGUACGUGGCGGUGUGGCCACCAUGGGCCCCUGCUACGAAGUCCAGCAUUCCAUUUGGGACAGCUGCAUGAUCGUGGGCUUGCCGAUCAUCAGCGAUUGGGACUCCGUCCUGAUCUGUUUGCUCAUGCUCAUGAACAUUGCUGCUCAAGUUGGCUUUGUUUACAUUGUCCGGCAGUACAUGUCGGAGACCGUCUACGGCCAUGACCAGCUCUCACAGUUGAUCUUCUUCAGGACGAGCAUUGCACAUCAAGUGAAGUAUGCCGACAUGGUCACAGGCCGCUCCCUGGCGAGGCAGGUCUGUGGCAUGGACGAACAGCUGCCGUGGGCCAGUACGCAGUAUUCGGCUGUUGAAGAUCUCCAGAACUAUGCGCAGACGGGGCUUUGGUUGGCCUUGCUGGCCAUCGGCUGUUGGUUGGCCACCACCUUGCGGGAGAUCUUCAAUAUCGCUGCCUAUGCCGGUGCUUUGCGGGGCAUCGAGACAGGUGACGAAACGGUCUUGGAGGAGAACGAGCGCGAUGAGGACGAACGACAGACGGACCAAAACGUGCAGUUCACCCGCAUGUCUCGGAUGCGUCGCAACUUGCUCUUCCUUUGCGUGGUGUUCCCACGUGGUUUGGUGGCCGUGGUGCUCAUGGACACCGGCACGCGCUACCUGGCAAAUACCAUUGCAUUGGAAGAUUUGAUUCUGAAUGCUGUGGCACUGGCUUUCAUUCUAGAUUUGGAUGAGCUCAUCGAAAGUGCCUUCGCCCCACGCAGGGCGCGCUUCUUGCUGGAUGAGAUCAAUGCCCUGCCCAUUCCCAGAGUGUACAUCCCAGGGUAUGGUCCCAUGAAUGCUGGCAUCCAAGAACGAGCCAAGAAUACCAUGAAGCUUCUGAUGUUGGUCUGUGGAUUGAUUGCAGCCUACGUGAUGCUCCUUUGGCCUCUGCACGACAGGAUCAGCUUGGCGAUUAACAUCCUCUGCGGGGGCGAGAAGGAUUUCAUCUAUGCCGUGAAUCCUGCCACCGGCAUCAUCGAAACGACCAACACCUUCAAGGAUUCGCCGGAGCAUUUGACCAGGAGCCAGCGCACGGUCCUGCGACUAGCAGAUCCCGGGCUCUUCACCGUGCCCGAGUGGGACGUAACGCAGGAGCAGUUGGACCGCUUCUACGAGAAUGCGCCCCCCGCCCUGCACCGGAGCAAUCCUUUGUCAGAUGAUCCCGACAUGGCAGUCAUCAAAUGGGUGGAAGCCAUUGAACUGUCGGAUGUGAAGGACCAAGCUGGGAUGAUGCCGUGCAUGGAUGAGUCCUACCCCAAAACUGUGGCCAGGCCACAGCUUCUGGAAGUGGCCAAUGUGGAGCGCUGUGCUGAGGUUGACAUUGCUCAGUGCGCUUGGAGGAAUAUGACUGCCUUGCGUGCGUUAUGUCCCGAGACCUGCGGCUGCGACAACGCGAUCGAUCCAGCAGCUGGUGCCUUUUCAAGCACGGCCUUCGGAUGCCCUAAACUCUGCGUCUGGAAGAGUUUGACCUCGCGCAAGAUGCAGAGCUUGCCUUGUGACGACGAUUGGACGCCGCAGCGCUUCAUCAAUGAUCCCUACAUCGCCAACUUCAUGCAUGGUAUGUUCGCAUACGUCUUGAACAAGCAGGAAUUGAAGAAGCCUCACAUCAUCCAAUACCGAAAUGAAAUGCAGAUGCACUUCUGGGAUUUGCUCCCAGGCCCCAACAAGACUUUGAGUUUGGAUCUGGCGGUGCUACACUAUGCCUCCUUGGGCUGGGUGCACGACUUGGUUCAGGGCAAAUGGAGCCUAGGCCUUGAUAUCCAUCACCCAAGAGGCUUGACCGGCUGUGCUUUCUUCAGCUCUUGGGAGAUCAUUCAUCUCACAGGCGCAGGAGACCAUUCAGCUGUCGCAUGCGGGUUGAAUUUGAUGACUUCAGAGGCCUCCGUGCGCAGUGUCCCCAGACCUGCAAGUGCCGCAAAGGUGAAAUCGGAUGCCCGGGCAGCUGUCCCUUGCGCAUCGAUUAGAGUGCAGUGCAACGGGCGGGCAGCUGGGUUCUUCGCCCCAAGCCGGCGCGUCUUUGCGGUGCCAAGCCGGGCAGUGCCGUUCGCCGCCCGCGUGACGACGGUGAGAAUGCUCAAUCGGAUGUUCGACAAGGACCGACGAGCACAGGAGGUGGCGCGGCUGCUCAGCUCCUCGCGGCCCCAGACCUUGCGCGUGCCCCGGAGACCGGAACAGACGGAUCUGGACUUCGAGCACAGCAAACAGACGCGCUUGGCUCAGGCCGCGUUGCGGCAAAGUGCCUUGUGUGUGGGCCGCGGCGCUUUCACCUUGGGCGCUUUGCGUCCGCUACCCACUGAGCUGCUGCCCAUCCCAGCGCUGGUGCUCUCCGGUCGAUUCCCCCCACAGGCCGGGGUGCAAUCGUUAGACCCCAGCCAUCACGAUGUGAAGCUCAACGUCUGGGCCGAAUUCAACAACGGCGUUGCUGCCGCGUUGCAGGUCGCCGCCUCCAGCGACGUCUCGCGCGGCUGGAUCGCUCACCACAGGUCAGCCUCUACACCAGCCACCACGGAUGGCCAGGUCUCCAGCAAUGCACAUGCUGGGUUCUUGCUUGGCCUGGGGCUGCGCGGUGGACUCAAGGUGCUGCCCGUGGCCGAUUGCUAUAAGUAUUUGCGCUUGCAGCACGAGACCACGAGCGCGGCGGUGAUCCUGGGCCUGGCGGCGUCGCACGUCUCCAGCAUGGACUCAGGGCUCACGCGGACGUGCUGCGUGCACAUCCCUUCGAUGUUGCCUGCCACCUUCUCGGACGUCGAGGUGUCCAGCCCAGUACAAUGCAGCGCAGUGUUGGCCUUGGGCUUGCUGUAUGCAGGCUCGGGGCAUCGCAUGAUGACCGAGCUGCUGGUGGCCGAGAUCGGUCGCAAACCCACGGACCGAGUGCUGCACGACCGGGAGGGCUACUCCCUGGCGGCAGGCUUCGCCUUGGGCUGCGUUUGUCUUGGACAGGGCUCCGAUGCCGCCGGGCUGGCAGACCUUCAGCUGGACACGUGGCUCUUACGCUACAUCCUCGGUGGGCCAGAGAUGCCGAUGCCAGGUGUAGCCACACGCGAGACCAAGCGACAACAGGAGCCGACGUGUCAACUCUCCGAGCCGGAGGGCAUCAACACCUGCAUCACCGCGCCGGCGGGGUGCAUCGCCUUGGCGUUAGUCUUCCUCCGCACCAACUGUGAAGCGGUUGCUUCCCGUGUGGCCAUCCCGCAGAACUUGUUUCAGCUGGAGCAAUUGCGCCCAGACUUUGCGAUGCUUCGAAUUGUGGCGAAGAAUCUCAUUCUGUGGGACCAGAUCGAACCCACGGAAGCAUGGCUCGAGAGGCAAGUGCCAGCAUUCCUGCUGGCAUUGAACGAAGAGAAUGCAACUGAUGACCUGGACUGGCUUCUGGUGGGGCAGACGAAGGCAAAUCUGGCCGCAGGUGGCUGCUUGGCGUUGGGUCUACGAUUCGCCGGCUCUUCCAACAAAGCCGCGAAGCAGCUCCUCAUUGCCAGACUCUUGGCCUUCCGCGAUGCCAAGCGCUCCGAUGCGCACCCGGCACUCAUGGCCUCGCGACCGGCGCCAGACGACUUGGACGUGAUCACUUUGGAGACCUGCCAAUCUACUGUGGCCAUGGCGUUGGGGAUGGUCAUGGCCGGCACAGGAGAUCUAGAUGCUUUGCGGACUUUGAGAAGUUUGCGGAAGAAGACCUCCUUGGACACAGGUUACGGUGUACAUAUGGCAACACACAUGGCGAUCGGAUGGGUCUGUCUUGGUGGAGGACGCUACACCUUCAACCAGGAACCUCUCUCCAUCGCUGCCCUGCUCAUGGCGGCUUUUCCACGUCUACCGAUGGGGUUGGUGGACAACCGGUGUCACUUGCAGGCGUUUCGCCAUUUGUAUGCUUUGGCUGCCAGGCAUCACUGCAUCGAGGCUGUGGAGGUGGAUUCCAAACAACCGGCACAUGUCCAUGUGACCUUGGAGACAGAGACCGGCACAGAUCUUGAGACGGAGACGCUCCGUUUCCCGAGGCUGCUCCUGGCUGGCAAAGAGGUUCGCUCCAUCAGCAUCAACAGCGAGGGUUUCUGGCCUGUCACCAUCCAAAGGGCUGAAUCAGGCACUCCAGCAGCGCGCUGGAUGAAGGCCGUGGACGAAACACGGCGGCUCUAUGUCAAGCGCUGUGGCCCUGAGCGGCCAGACAGCAGACUCGAGUCGCAGGCGUGGUUUCCAACCUUCACGGCACCAGAUGCCAAUCAUGUGGAGCGGUUGACCAUGGCCAAGUUGGCCUUUGGAGCACCUGGUGAAGGACCAAAUGAGCCUGGAGUGGUGAGUGCAGCUGAGUGGGCAGCAGCCUUUUGCUGCCCCACCCCACCACCACUCCCACCAGGCACUUGUUUGGCUGACUUUGAUGGUCCUGACAGCACCCUGGUGGAGCGGUUUGCUCGAAUCCUGGAUGAAGGCCGGUCAGAUGACCCCAAGAAACCUUUGCGCUCACAGCUUCCCUGCACGGCGUUGCUCGCACAGAAACUGCAUGAGUGUGUCAUGGAAUCGAAGCUGGCACGACCCACAGAGUAG